CCCACAACUCACUUACACAGAGGUGAUGAAACGCGCACACGCACGCACAGUGUUGCAGGUGGACGCUGGUAUAAAACGGACGCGCCAGAUUCUCACAAAACUGUGUAAAGGGAUUGUCGUGUGUCACUACCUAAUAUCGCAAGGAGAGAGGAGACUAACUAGACAUGAAUAGAGCUACUAAAACUCACAUGACCUCCCCCAUGUUUUUCCCUGGCAUGGGUAUGGCCCCUUUUUGGAAGGUGACUGUGUUUGAGCAGGAGCACUUCCAGGGCAAAUGUCAGGAGUUCACCUCCGAGUGCUGCAACAUCCAGGACUGUGGCCUGGACAACAUCCGCUCCAUCAGAGUGGAGAGCGGAGCCUGGGUGGGUUUUGAGCACCACGACUUCCAGGGGCAGCAGUUCAUCCUGGAGAGGGGAGAGUACCCCCACUGGGACGCCUUCAGCGGCUCCCUGUCCUACCACGUGGAGCGCCUCAUGUCCCUGCGCCCUGUCUACUGCGCAUCCCACCAGAACAGCCGUAUGCAGAUCUUCGAGAGGGAGAGCUUCAUGGGCCGCAGCGCCGAGCUGUGUGACGACUACCCGUCCCUGAAGGCCAUGGGAUGGUUCGUGCCCGAAGUCGGAUCCAUGCACGUGCAGGGUGGCGCCUUCGUGUGCUACCAGUUCCCCGGCUACAGGGGCCAGCAGUACAUCAUGGAGUCUGAGAGGCACAGCGGAGACUACCAGCACUGGAGGACCUGGGGAUCCCACUGCCAGACCCCCCAGAUCCAGUCCAUCCGCCGUAUCCAGCACUGAGAGGGCCGUGAGCGGACCGGACCCCCUACCCAAGCCCCGGGCUUCGGUCCAGGCCCGGGUCCACAAGCCACCCCCUUUCCCCCGGUCAGUCAGAACCGUCACGCCGUUUCCGGUCAUCAUCAGUCCCGUCACACAUCCACACCUCAACCGUCGCUUGCUCCCUCUGACACUCCGGUUGGUUAAUGCCGCGGUGUAUAGCCGGGGGUUACGGCGGGGGGAGGACAGUCCCGUGUCGGUAUGUCAGUGCCGUAAGGUCGCCAGCAGGGGGAGACGAGUCAUCGCCGUAACACGUGAUACAGGACCGUUACAGUGUGAUAACUCUGUAAUGGUCCCAUCAGAUUUUAGCAGCGUCACAGAUUGUUCAUAGGGGACUUUGGUUCACAAGCACCAGUAACAUACUCCAGUGGUGAGGAAGGAGAUCCUUGCUGACUAAUAAACCCACACUCGCCUUAAA